GUUUAAUAAUCUUUGAUCUUAUCUCCUCAAACCUCCAAACAAACACUGCUAUUUUUUUUGUUUCUAUAAACCUAUUGUGUGGGGGUUGGGUAACCAAACCAACCCCCCUUUAUAUUACAAUUAGAAAAAACGCUAAAAAAUUCAAAAAUCGGCCGAAAUCGUAACUAAAAAGAUAUUAACUCAUUCCGAUGUUGUCUGAUACAUGGACGAUACUAUUAAAACAAUAAUUUUUUAUCCUAACCUGUAUUCAUAUAGCCAUGCGGCAUAUUUUUUUUUAGAAACUCAUAAAAAAUUCUUUUUUCUUAAGCAGAGUCAUCAUUAGUUAAAAAAUUGUGGGCCGAUUAUUCAAACGAUAUCACUUUUUACUAUGGAGAAUGCCUAUUUUUGUAAAUAAGGGCCCAUUUAUUCAUUUUUAGUAAUUAUUUAUUUUUUAUAUUAUUUAGGUAGAAAAACCUAUUUUAAUUUAUGCAUUUUGAAAUUAGUCCAGCUUAUUUCAAAUAAAACACAUCCAUGAUUUACUGAGUAAUAGAUUCAUAGAAGCUAGUAAAAUAUAUUUCCUAAAGUCUAUUCUAAAAUUCUCAAAAUCGAGCUUCUCGCAACAACUCUGGCCCAGUCUUGUCCAAUUUUCCUCCUCCAAUCCCUGCCUUCAAGCUUCCAACAGAUCAAACCAAAGAGCAAAAUUCUGAUUAAGGGGAAAAAAGAAGAAAAAAUGGGGAAGAGGGGAAGAGCAUGUGUGGUGGUUCUAGGGGAUCUUGGUCGCAGCCCUCGUAUGCAGUAUCAUGCCCUCUCCCUUGCGCGUCAGGCAUCCUUGGAAGUGGACAUUGUUGCUUAUGGAGGUUCCGAACCCCACUCUGCUGUUAUAGAGAAUGAAUCUAUUCAUAUUCACACAAUGAUACAAUGGCAAAAGUACUCUCAUAGCUUACCGAAGAUAUUUUAUCCACUAAUGCUCUUACUGAAGCCAAUCAUUCAGUUUGUAAUACUUCUUUGGUUUCUUUGCUUCAAAGUUCCUCAUCCUGAUGCCUUCAUAGUGCAGAAUCCUCCUUCUGUUCCAACAUUAGUGGCUGUAAAGUGGGCGAGCUCAUUGAGAAAGUCGGCAUUCAUUGUUGAUUGGCAUAAUUUUGGAUAUACCUUACUUGGAUUGUCUGUGGGAAGAAGCAGCCCAUUUGUCUCAAUAUACCAUUGGUUUGAGAAGCAUUAUGGGCAAAUGGCAAAUGGUUCCCUAUGUGUAACAAGGGCAAUGCAGCAUGAAUUAGCUCAAAACUGGGGAAUUAGAGCCACAGUCUUAUAUGAUCAGCCUCCUGAGUUUUUUUGUCCAACUUCACUUCAGGAGAAGCAUAAGUUGUUUUGCAGAUUAAAUAGGUAUCUUUGUCACCCUCUUGGGGUUCGAGAUUGUGUAACUGCUACAACUACAGGAAUUGGGGCAGAUGACCAAAAUGAAACAUUAUUUACAACUCUGGUUGACACUGACAUCUUGUUGAAGCCAAAUAGGCCGGCUCUUGUUGUAAGCAGUACAAGCUGGACACCAGAUGAAGAUUUUGGGAUUCUAUUGGAAGCCGCGGUGAUGUAUGAUAGACGAGUUGCUGCUCUACUGGAUGAAAAUGAUUCUGCUGAUGAAGGGGUCCUCUGGAAGGAGAUCUCUGGUGGAAAGCAAUACUUGUACCCUAGGUUGUUGUUCAUCAUUACAGGCAAAGGACCUGAAAAGGAAAAGUAUGAAGAGAAAAUAAAGAGGCUAAACCUCAAACGUGUUGCAUUUCGUACCAUGUGGCUGUCAGCUGAGGAAUAUCCAUUGCUUCUUGGUUCAGCAGAUUUAGGUGUUUGUCUGCAUACUUCCUCCUCAGGAUUAGACCUUCCGAUGAAGGUGGUGGAUAUGUUUGGUUGUGGGCUUCCAGUAUGCGCUGUUUCCUACUCAUGCAUUGACGAGCUUGUGAAGGUUGAGAAAAAUGGUCUGCUCUUUUCAUCGUCAUCAGAGCUAGCUGAUGAGCUUUUGAUGCUCUUCAGGGGAUUUCCAAAUGAAUGUGAUGCUCUGAAAUCUCUCAAGAACGGUGCAUUGGAAACAGGUUCUUCAGCAAGAUGGGCCACUGAGUGGGAAGAACAUGCUAAGCCGUUAAUAUCAGAGGUUAUAUCCAGAAACUUGAACUAACCUUAACUUCAGCCGUCUUGUGUCAAAGCUUCCAGCCAACUGCCUCUGCCACAUAUGUUAGUUUUUAGUCAAAGCGUUUGCUUCAUGGGACAUAUGCUUACUCCAAUUUUCCCAGGGAAUAUCACAACCCUUUGGUUAGGACUUUAGAUUAUAGUCCUUAUAGUUCCAAAAUGACAGUAAGUUUUUAUUUGUGGCAGCAUACAUAUGAUCGCAUGGUUUGGAUUUCUCAUGUUUAUAGGGUGCUUGACUGCUUCAAUCCCUGAAAUGUAUUAUUAUUAAAUUGAUAUAAAUACAUGGUUUCUAGUGAUUUUUUACCAGCUGAUCAUAGUGGAAAAAGAUCACCCACGGUUCCAUUUUAA